AUGGCUGAAGUCGCUCUUUGGGGCCUCGAACUUCCGUCGUACGUCCUCGCGGCGCUGACAGCCACCGGCGGAGCUGUCGGAUACGCCCGCACUCGAAGCCGACCCAGCUUGAUCGCAGGAACAGCAGUGGGUUUUCUCUACGGACUGGGCGGCUACCGCAUCAGUAAUGGCGAGCCCUAUGGCGUCGAGCUGAGUCUUCUCGCGUCCAUUGUCCUCGGCGGUUCUGCGUUUCCCAGGGCAAUCCGGCUCCGAAAGCCCGUGCCCAUUGUGCUCUCCUUGCUUGCGGCGUACGGGCUGGUUACGUUUGGCGAUGCCUUCCGACGGGGGUUGUAG